CAGCUCGAGGACAAAACACGCGUGCGCGCGGCGGAGCGCGCUCGCUGUCUCAGCCGCCGGCGCCGGGCGCAGUCCGCCUUUUUCUGGAGCGACCCGGCCACGGUGCUAAUCGAUAGCAGCAGCCGCCACCGCAGCAGUCCGCACUGGGGGACCGAGGGCUUUGGAAAAAGGCGGGGUUGAUGGCUCUGUACUAGGAGUGGGCUGGACCGGACGCCAGAGACAAAGGCUCUCAAGACAAGAGGGACUGUGGCCCUGCGACGGCACUGCUCGGGAUUUUUGACCCCAGGACUUUUCGCCCCUUCGUUUUUCUCUUCUGACGCUUCUCUCAUCUUAAGCCCGCGUCCCCUCACCCGCGACCUCGCUCCUCACCGGGAGGGCCGCGAUGGAGGUCCCGCCCCGGCUCUCCCAUGUGCCGCCGCCAUUGUUCCCCUCUGCUCCCGCUACUUUAGCCUCCCGCAGCCUUUCCCAUUGGCGGCCGCGGGCGCCUCGGCAGCUCGCCCCGCUCCUCCCUUCGCUCGCUCCCAGCUCCGCCCGGCAGGGGGCGCGCCGGGCCCAGCGCCACGUCACCGCCCAGCAGCCCUCCCGAUUGGCGGGAGGGGCGGCUAUAAAGGGAGGGCGCAGGCGGCGCCCGGAUCUCUUCCGCCGCCAUUUUAAAUCCAGCUCCAUACAACGCUCCGCCGCCGCUGCUGCCGCGACCCGGACUGCGCGCCAGCAUCCCCCGGCCGACAGCUCCGCUACCAUGGAGGACAUGAACGAGUACAGCAACAUAGAGGAAUUCGCAGAGGGAUCCAAGAUCAACGCGAGCAAGAAUCAGCAGGAUGACGGUAAAAUGUUUAUUGGAGGCUUGAGCUGGGAUACAAGCAAGAAAGAUCUGACUGAAUAUUUGUCUCGAUUUGGGGAAGUUGUAGACUGUACAAUAAAAACAGAUCCAGUGACUGGAAGAUCAAGAGGAUUUGGAUUUGUGCUUUUCAAAGAUGCUGCUAGUGUUGAUAAGGUUUUGGAACUGAAAGAACACAAACUGGAUGGCAAAUUGAUAGACCCCAAAAGGGCCAAAGCUUUAAAAGGGAAAGAACCUCCCAAAAAGGUUUUUGUGGGUGGAUUGAGCCCAGAUACUUCUGAAGAACAAAUUAAAGAAUAUUUUGGAGCCUUCGGAGAGAUUGAAAAUAUUGAACUUCCCAUGGAUACAAAAACAAAUGAAAGAAGAGGAUUUUGCUUUAUUACAUAUACAGAUGAAGAGCCAGUAAAGAAAUUGUUAGAAAGCAGAUAUCAUCAAAUUGGUUCUGGGAAGUGUGAAAUCAAAGUUGCACAACCCAAAGAGGUCUAUAGGCAGCAACAGCAACAACAAAAAGGAGGAAGAGGUGCUGCAGCUGGUGGACGAGGUGGUACUAGGGGUCGUGGACGAGGUCAGGGCCAAAACUGGAACCAAGGAUUUAAUAACUAUUAUGAUCAAGGAUAUGGAAAUUACAAUAGUGCCUAUGGUGGUGAUCAAAACUAUAGUGGCUAUGGCGGCUAUGAUUAUACUGGGUAUAACUAUGGGAACUAUGGAUAUGGACAGGGAUAUGCAGACUACAGUGGCCAACAGAGCACUUACGGCAAGGCGUCUCGAGGGGGUGGCAAUCACCAAAACAAUUACCAGCCAUACUAAAGGAGGACGUUGGAGAAAACAGGAGGAGAUUGCUAAAGUUAACCCAUCUUGCAGGACGACAUUGAAGAUUGGUCUUCUGUUGAUCUAAGAUGAUUAUUUUGUAAAAGACUUUCUAGUGUACAAGAUACAACUGUGUCCAACUGUAUAUAGCCGCCAAUUAGUUUUCUUUGUUUUUACUUUGUCUUUUGCUAUCUGUGUUAUGACUCAAUGUGGAUUUGUGUUUAUACAAAUUUUAUUUGUAUGAUUUCAUGUUAAACCUCAAAUAAAUGCUUCCUUAUGUGAUUGUUUUUCUGCGUCAGGUACUAAAUAGCUCUGUAAAAGUGUAAUUUAAAAUAAGCAAUAAUUAAGGCACAGUUUAUUUUGUAGGGAAUAUUGGUCCAUAGGGAGAAACUGUGGUCCUUUUACGAAUAGCCAGCUACAGUGUGCCCCUGUUCCCCCUUUUUGUUAGAUGUAGUCUAUGCUCUAAGGCUUCAUUUCCCUGCUGAGGUUUCCACCACACCUGUAACGUUUCUCUGUGUAUUUGGAGACCUUGUCAUAGUGUUGUCAUUAGUGGAAGCUUUCUAGCAGACCAUCAGUCUUCUGGAUUAUAUUUUGAAGAACUGUACCUUUUUAGCACAAAGCAUGUUGGUAGUUCCUUUUUGUAAAUAGAAGUGAUUGUGCUUUGUUCCUGUCUCUGGAAAGCCAUUGAUUAGGGUAAGCUCAUUCAGAAUCUGGUCUGUUAGAGCUUUGGCUAAUUGUAAUACCAUGACUUUACUUGUUUUCUUGAUUAAAACAUCCAGAUAUACCCAGGGAAAAGGCACUGUUAAACAGUGUGUUGGAGCUACAGUUUGAGUAUCCGAAAUCGUUACAAGGAUUUUGGCAGAUAGGUAUGAGGUGGUUAAAAUUUGAGCAAAAGUUAGAUGCAGAUAUUUGAAGUAGUGACUUGAGGAAGUCAGUUGUAUUCUAUUGGUAUUGUCACAGCAAGCACCAAACUGAACAAAAUGUUUUCUUUUAGGAAGCUAUAUUGGGUGUUAACUGUUAAUGUGGUGUGAGUUUUUAGAAAAAGUCAUGCUAGUAGAUUCCAUCAUUUUUAAUGCAUUAGUGCAUGAGCUGCAUAGUUAAGCAUUCCAUAUUCAGACAUAGGAGUAGUGAGGAAAAGUAUAAUUUAAAUUUUAUGUAUGUCAAUGCAAAUCUAAGGUGACUGAGUCAUUACAACAGAUUUUCCUGGUGAAUCAAGCAGUUUUAGCUCUAGGUUUUGGAGAAAUUCCUGGGUAAAUCUAAGCUUCAAAUUUUACAUUCAGUGUAGUUGGAUUUAAGGUUUUUUUUAAGUUUUGUUUCUGUGGUUCUACAUUAGCCUUUAGGAUUGGCAUACGUGUUCAUAUGCAGAGCAGUUGAUCUCACCUUCAACCAAAUGUAAAUUUUUUAUGCUGAUGAACCUGCCUUUUGUUUUAUUUGGUGCCUGCAGCUUUCUUUGUUUAAUGAUGUUUGUACUCGCUGGCUAUCAAGUUACAAUGCACUUGGCCUUGUUCUGCUCCUGUUUUGCUAUUUGACCUUAAACCUAGGCCAAGUACCAAUGUUGGUUAUUGCAAGGGACUGUUUAUUCUUUCAACAUGCAACCUUAGGGAACAAGGGAGAUUUUCAUUUUAAGUUACGUUGUCAAAGUCUGUAGGUGCAGUGUCUAGGGCAGUGAAUCCUGUUAAGUUCAAAUUUAUGAUUAGGUGACAAGUUGACAUUGAGAUUGUCCUUUCCCUGAUCAAAAAUGAAUAAAGGCUUUUUAAACAAAA